AUGUCUGCUGCCAGGCUUGGAUGUAUAAGCUCCAGGAUUCAUGCAUGCAUUCGGGUCGUGAGGAGCCUUUUCAUUUUGGAGCCAGCCAGUGUCGCGACUGAGAAGUUCGAACAUGGUCACGAUGGUGACCAUUUCAUUGAUUCCUCCGCAUGGAGUCGAGUUGAUUCAGAGCUCACUGGACCCAAAAGUGCCCAUCAUCGCUUCUGGUGGAACAAAAACACCGGCCAUGUUCUAGCCGUCCUGCUUGAUAAAGCUGGCUACUCCCCGGACUUGCAGUACCGACACCUGAAGUUCUUCGCUGGGGUCAUUGCUCCUCACCUUGGUGCCUCGCUUGAACCGUCUGUGGAGGAUCGUUCACAAUGGCACAGCUUCAUGACUGACGAUGGCACCCCGGUCGAGCUCAGUUGGGACUGGGGUACUUCUGGUGGGCCGCCAAUGAUUCGCUAUUCGGUUGAACCAGUCGGCCUACAUGCAGGUAGCGCAUUGGAUCCGAGCAAUAACGCGGAGGCCUCUGUCCUGGACAAUCAGCUGAUCCACGCCCUGCCAGAUAUGCGACUGGAAUGGUUCAAUCACUUUAACCAGUUCUUCAAUGGCUUGGGCAAUGAUCAGGCAAAGAUCCUCAGCGCUGACGACCACGAGACGCGUAUAUUCUAUGCUUUUGAUCUAUCAGCAGACUGUAUCACGGCCAAAACAUACUUUUUCCCAAAGUUCAGAGCCAAAGCUGACGGCAUAUCCAAUCUGGAUGUCCUCUCUAAGGCCAUUGACGCUGCGCCUCUUGUCACCAAACUGAAUUCGAAAGCCUGGUCAUUGUAUCACCAAUUCAGCACAGAAUCAAGCGAUAAGCUGGAACAGGAAAUGCUGGCUAUCGACCAUAUUGACCCUCUUCAAUCCAGAAUCAAAAUCUACUUUCGUAGUCGCAAGACUGACUUCGAUUCGGUGGCUAGUACCAUGACUCUCAAUGGUCGAAACAACAAUCCAAAGCUAAGGGAAGGACUCCAGGAUCUCAAACGGCUUUGGAAAAUACUCUUUGAAGUCGAUACACCUGGUCAGUCGCUACCCGAAGUUGGCCAUCGUACGGCUGGGAUACUCUACAACGUCGAAUUCAAACUCGGAGAUUCUUUCCCUGUUGCCAAAGUCUACCUCCCCGUCAGGCAUUAUGCCAAGAGUGACGAGGGUAUUAUCCAGGCACUUGGAAAAUACCUUGAUCAUCAUGGACGAGGCAAGUACUUGCCUCAGUAUGUCGAUGCCAUGCAUACACUCUUGUAA